GUCCGCAAACCCCCUUCCCCCCCCCAACCCUGCAGACAUGGAGCAUCGGGGCACCCCACCAAGGUGCUCCCCCUGUCUUAGGGGAAGGAAAGGGUAUAAAGCACCAGGGAUAUCCUCCGCAUCCCCCUUGGUCAGAGAGCCUGAAGAAAUGAUGGGAAAAGCCGAGGAACUCUUCCAGCUCUGCGAUAAAGAAGAGAAAGGGUUAAUAACCAAACGAGAUCUACAGCGGCUGCAAAAUGAACUUCCGCUCACCUCAGAACAAUUGGAAGCUGUAUUUGACAGCCUGGACCAGAGUAAUAAUGGUUACCUUACUCCUGUGGAGUUCAGCAUGGGUCUUGGUAAAUUACUUGGGGUUAGUGUGACUAAUGGAGACGAGGAAGAGAGACCAGUAAUGGAGGAGACGUUUGAAUCCGGCUGGUCAGAUGAAGAUCAGGAUGAUACAGAAGAAAUACUCUUCUAUGCUACAAUGGAACAGUUGGGAGCUGCUCGAAUAUUUCAAGAACACAGGGAGCUCCGAGAACUGUGGAAUCGUUUACGCAAAGAGCGCCCGGAGCUGCUAGCAAACUUUGAGGAGUUUCUCUUCCGUGUAUCCUCUCAUAUCCGGGACGUGCAUCAUGAAAAGGAGACUUUGGAACAAGCUUUAAAAAGGAAAGAAACAGACCACGGACGAGAGGUGAGGGGUCUUUAUGAAGAGAUGGAGCAGCAGAUCAAAACGGAGAGAGAACGACUACUCAGGAAGGAUUCCACCAGACAACAGGACAGACAAACAACUCUGCAGAGGGAACUAAUGAGGAAGGAACAAGAGCUUGAAGGCAUUGUUCUACGACAGCGAAAGUUGGAGCAUCAGUUACAAUCUUUAAACAGUGAACAACUCGAGACACGAGUUCAGAAUGAUCGCUUGAGACAGCUAAAUGAGGACCUCAUGGAGCAACUUGAGAUGACCAAGACUGACUUGGAAAAGGCACAGGCAAGCCUAAUGAAUCUGCGCAAACAAGAGCAAGAGGAGCAGCAACGCAAGAAGAGGUUUGCAUGUAAAGUCUCCCAGAAUAUGCAAAAAGAGAAGCAGAGCCUCUUGCGACAGUUGGAACUUCUCAGGGACAUGAACAAAAAGCUUCGGGAUGAGAAGGAUGUGUUUGAAGCAAAGAAGUUGGACAGCCUAAAGAAGAAUCCUGCUGAGGCCAUGCUGGUUUCUAGUUGCUGCUGCUGUUGCUGCUCGAGCUAUGCUGGCAGCGUACAUUGUGAUCCCACACUCUGACCACAUGGGGGCACCAAUGAUCAAGCUGUGGACAAUAGAUUUUACCUUUUAUAUAGAUGUGUAUAUGUAAAUACUGUAUAUAAUUAUUUGUAUAUAGAAGUAACCACAAUUCUCUAUUUGUGGAGAUAUAGAUAUAUUUUUUGGGUUCAUAUUUCAUUAGGUCAACAUUAUUACAGAUGGAUACUUACUCUAGGUGACUGAACAAUUUGUUUAGGUUUUUUUCUACAAUUAGAAAGUGAGAUGGUUUACUUAUAGUUAAACUGUAACUUCGCCUAUGGACAAAAUGGAAGUAAUAAGGCAGAACUGUGAAAUAAUAAGGUCUGUAAAUAGUAUUUAUUACUUACUUUGGUCCAUUACACCUGUAAAAUAUUUUAGGUAUCCAUUGCUC